AGCGCGUACCACUCCGGGGCUCCCGACGCGGCCUCUCGUGCGAUCCAGCGCGUGCAGGGCUGGAGGGGCGACUCCGGGCUCUUGCUCUCCGCGCCAGAGGUCGGAAGAGGGUGGGUCGCCCGCGCCCGAGGGCGAGGGCGGGAGAGGAGCCGGAGGAAGGAGCGCUCGAUCGCCGCCGCCUCUCUGCCUCCCCGGCACUCGCUCUCCGGACUCUUAGGUUUGCUGGCUGCUCCUCCCACCCGCGCCCGCCUCCUCGCUCUCUCGCUCGCUCGCUGGAGCUGGUUUCCAAGCCCUGCGGUGCGUCCCGGCAAGUGCGGGGCGAGGGGCCCCGGACCAGCGCCGAGCAAGGGGCGGGGGUCCGGGCAGAGCUCAGCCGGCCGGGGAGUGGCCAUGUCUGGCGCGGGCGCAGCGGGGCCCGUCUGCAGCAAGUGACCGAGCGGCGCGGACCGCCGCCUACCCGCUCUGCCACCUGGGGCGGCGCGGGCCGGGGUGCCGCGAGCCCGGAUCGCGCGUAGAAUCGGCGCGAUGCACGUGCGCUCGCUGCGCGCUGCGGCGCCACACAGCUUAGUGGCGCUCUGGGCGCCUCUGUUCUUGCUGCGCUCCGCCCUGGCCGACUUCAGCCURGACAACGAGGUGCACUCAAGCUUCAUCCACCGGCGCCUCCGCAGCCAGGAGCGACGGGAGAUGCAGCGUGAGAUCCUCUCCAUCUUGGGCUUGCCCCAUCGCCCGCGCCCCCACCUCCAGGGCAAGCACAACUCUGCGCCCAUGUUCAUGCUGGACCUGUACAAUGCCAUGGCGGUGGAGGAGGGCGGCGGGCCCGACGGCCAAGGCUUCUCCUACCCGUACAAGGCCGUCUUCAGUACCCAAGGCCCCCCUCUGGCCAGCCUGCAAGAUAGCCACUUCCUCACCGACGCCGACAUGGUCAUGAGCUUCGUCAACCUCGUGGAGCACGACAAGGAAUUCUUCCACCCACGCUACCACCAUCGGGAGUUCCGGUUUGAUCUUUCCAAGAUCCCMGAAGGGGAAGCCGUGACGGCAGCUGAAUUCCGGAUCUACAAGGACUACAUCCGGGAACGCUUCGACAACGAGACCUUCCGGAUCAGCGUCUACCAGGUGCUUCAGGAGCACUUGGGCAGGGAGUCUGACCUCUUCCUGCUCGACAGCCGCACCCUCUGGGCCUCCGAGGAGGGCUGGCUGGUGUUCGACAUCACAGCCACCAGCAACCAUUGGGUGGUCAACCCAAGGCACAACCUGGGCCUGCAGCUCUCCGUGGAGACUCUGGAUGGGCAGAGCGUCAACCCCAAGCUGGCGGGCCUGAUCGGGCGGCAYGGGCCCCAGCAUAAGCAGCCCUUCAUGGUGGCCUUCUUCAAGGCCACCGAGGUCCACCUCCGCAGCAUCCGGUCUACUGGGGGCAAGCAGCGCAGCCAGAACCGCUCCAAGACGCCCAAGAACCAGGAGGCUCUGAGGAUGGCCAGUGUGGCAGAGAACAGCAGCAGUGACCAGAGGCAGGCCUGCAAGAAGCACGAGCUGUACGUGAGCUUCCGUGACCUGGGCUGGCAGGACUGGAUCAUCGCCCCUGAAGGCUACGCAGCCUACUACUGCGAGGGGGAGUGCGCCUUCCCUCUGAACUCCUACAUGAACGCCACCAACCACGCCAUCGUGCAGACACUGGUCCACUUCAUCAACCCGGACACAGUGCCCAAGCCCUGCUGUGCCCCCACCCAGCUCAACGCCAUCUCCGUCCUCUACUUCGAUGACAGCUCCAACGUCAUCCUGAAGAAAUACAGAAACAUGGUGGUCCGGGCCUGUGGCUGCCACUAGCCCCUCCUGGAAGCUGAGCCUCUGGGGCCACGUUUUUCUGGAUCCGCUGUGUCGCCUGCCCAGUAUCUCUUACCGCCUGCCUUGGUUAGGAGCCAACGGACCAGCUGCCUCUUUUGAGACGUUCCCUUCCCCUCCCCAGUUGUAAAGGUGUAAGAGUCUCAGGGUUGGAGUGCCAAGUGGCUGUGGAUCAGUUUUGCCUCCGCAGCCUCCURUGGACAAGCUCCUACAAGCUGCUGCAGGCAAAACCUAACAGGAAAGAAUCUCUACAAGGAAGAUCUCGCAGCCACAGUCGUGGGCUGUGCCGUCCCCAGGGGCUCCGGCUCGUUGACUCUGGAGGCAACGAGGAGACCAGGAGACCGUCCRCCAGGCCACCAAACAGGGAGGAAGGCAUGGCCAGGGGUGGGCCCUUGUGGCUGAGCUGAAGGAAAACUGGUGGGAAGGUCCUGUAACAAAUGUCACAAUAAAGCCAAUGAAUGCAAACGGCUAGGACGUCACAGAUAUGUUUCCUCAACAGUCUAUCCCCAUUUCCUGGUUUAUUCUGACUUCAUAGAC